CCGGGCGAAGGGGCUGCCUUCCCGCUUCAACCCUGGUUUAGCUGGGAUUGGGGCUUUUCUCUGGGACACCCCUAUGCGCCUGACGAAACGGCAUCCCCAAGCCUGGACGCCGCACCAGAUCCAAAAAUAAUUGCUAAGACCAAUAUCAAGAUUACAGAUCCAGCAGAGAGAAAUGCGGAUCAUAAUUUAAUUUUAUAAUAACUUAUAACCAGCUGUUAAUCAAAUAAGGCAUUGGGAAUCCUAAGUAUUAGAAUGACCACAAACAUGUUACAUCAUAUGGCAGUUUUUUGGAUUAUUUUGGUUCUAUUUCAGAAUUCUGUCUUAGCUGAAGAUAGUGAAAUAAGAUCAAGUUGCCGUACUGCUCCAACAGAUUUGGUUUUCAUCCUAGAUGGUUCCUAUAGUGUUGGCCCAGAAAACUUUGAAAUAGUGAAAAGGUGGCUCGUCAACAUCACACAAAACUUCAGCAUAGGACCAAAAUUUGUUCAAGUUGGAGUGGUCCAGUAUAGCGACUACCCUGUGCUGGAGAUUCCCCUGGGUAGCUAUGACUCAGGAGAGAAUCUGAUAAAAGCUAUGGAAUCUAUACACUAUUUGGGAGGAAACACAAAGACUGGAAAGGCCAUCCAGUUUUCACUGGAUUAUCUUUUUGCCAAAUCCUCACGAUUUCUGACAAAGAUUGCAGUGGUACUUACAGAUGGUAAAUCCCAAGAUGAAGUGAAGGAUGCAGCAGAAGCAGCAAGAGACAAUAAAAUCACGUUAUUUGCUAUUGGUGUUGGUUCAGAAACAGAAGGUGCAGAGCUGAGAGCUAUUGCCAACAAGCCUUCAUCUACUUAUGUGUUUUAUGUGGAAGACUACAUUGCAAUAUCCAAAAUAAGGGAAGUCAUGAAGCAGAAACUUUGUGAAGAAUCUGUCUGUCCAACAAGAAUUCCUGUGGCAGCUCGUGAUGAGAAGGGAUUUGACAUACUUUUAGGUUUGGGUAUAAAGAAAAAGGUUAAGAAAAGAAUUCAGCUCUCACCAACAAAGAUAAAAGGAUAUGAAGUAACAUCAAAAGUUGAUUUAUCAGAAUCCACAAGCAAUGUUUUCCCUGAAGGCCUUCCUCCGUCAUAUGUAUUUGUUUCCACUCAGAGAUUUAAGGUCAAAAAAAUGUGGGAUUUAUGGAGAAUAUUAACCAGUGAUGGAAGGCCUCAAAUAGCUGUUACCUUAAAUGGUGUGGAGAAAACCUUAUUAUUUACAACAACUAGUAUAAUUAAUGAUUCACAAGUGGUCACCUUCACUGAACCUGGAGUUAAGACAUUGUUUGAUGAAGGCUGGCAUCAGAUUCGUCUCUUAGUAACAGAGCAAGAUGUGACUCUGUAUGUUGAUGAUCAAGAAAUUGAGAAUAAGCCCUUACAUCCAGUUUUAGGAAUCUUUAUCAAUGGACAAGUCCAAAUUGGAAAAUAUUCUGGAAAAGAUGAAACUGUACAGUUCGAUGUACAAAAGUUGCGCAUCUACUGUGACCCAGAGCAGAACAACCGAGAAACAGCAUGUGAAAUUCCUGGCUUUAAUGGAGAGUGCCUAAAUGGUCCCAGUGAUGUAGGUUCAACUCCAGCUCCCUGUGUUUGUCCUCCAGGAAAACCAGGAUUACAAGGCCCCAAAGGUGACCCUGGCCUGCCUGGCAACCCUGGGUAUCCUGGACAACCUGGUCAAGAUGGUAAGCCUGGAUACCAGGGACUCACCGGUUCACCAGGUGUUCCAGGUUCCCCAGGAGUGCAAGGAGCUCAAGGGCUGCGAGGUUACAAAGGAGAACCAGGGAGAGAUGGUGGAAAGGGUGACCGUGGACUUCCUGGAUUUCCUGGGCUUCAUGGAAUGCCAGGAUCAAAGGGCGAAAUGGGUCCCAAAGGAGAUAAAGGAUCACCAGGAUUUUAUGGCAAAAAGGGUGCAAAAGGUGAAAAGGGGAAUGUGGGCUUUCCUGGCCUUCCUGGACGUGCUGGAGAACCAGGAAGACACGGAAAAGAUGGAGUAAUGGGCAGUCCUGGUUUUAAGGGAGAAGUAGGACCCCCAGGUUCUCCAGGGCAAGAUGGACCCCGGGGAGAGCCCGGAAUUCCUGGAUUUCCUGGAAGCCAAGGACUAAUGGGCCAAAAGGGAGAAAUUGGGCUUCCAGGACCAAUAGGGAAGAAAGGAGCACCCGGAAUGCCAGGUUUGGUGGGAAGUGCUGGCUCACCAGGUCAGCCUGGAAUACCAGGACCUAAGGGGAGCAAAGGUGAACCUGGACUUGCAGGGAGUCCUGGAGCUUCUGGGCUCAAGGGAGAGCCAGGAGCAUCGGGUCUCCCAGGAGAACCAGGAUACAUGGGCUUACCUGGGAUUCAAGGAAAAAAGGGGGACAAGGGAGAACAAGGUGAAAGAGGCAUUCAGGGUCAAAAAGGAGAAAAUGGAAGGCAAGGAAUUCCAGGGCAGCAGGGAAUUCAAGGCCAUCCUGGUGUAAAAGGAGAGAGAGGUGAAAAUGGAGAACCUGGUGUCAGAGGUGCAAUUGGACCAAAAGGAGAAUCUGGGAUGGAUGGCAUGAUGGGACCUGCAGGUCCCCAAGGGCCACCUGGGGAAACAGGCCCUCAGGGCCCUCCAGGACUGGAUGGGAAGCCGGGAAGAGAAUUUUCAGAACAAUUUAUUCGCCAAGUUUGCACUGAUGUAUUGAGAGCCCAGCUGCCAGUCUUACUUCAGAGUGGAAGAAUUCAAAAUUGUGAUUAUUGUCGGUCCCAGCGUGGUUUCCCUGGUGUUCCUGGACCACCUGGCCCCAUAGGCCCAGAAGGUCCCCGAGGAUUUCCUGGUUUGCCAGGACGAGAUGGUGUUCCUGGAAUAAUAGGAGCCCCUGGACGUCCAGGUGCCAGAGGAAUAAGAGGGCUACCAGGAAGAAAUGGUGAGAAAGGGAGCCAAGGGUUUGGGUUUCCCGGAGAACAGGGUCCUCCUGGCCCCCCAGGUCCAGAGGGCCCUCCUGGAAUCAGCAAAGAAGGUCCCCCAGGGGACCCAGGUGCUCCUGGGAAGGAUGGAGACCAUGGAAAGCCUGGAAUCCAAGGGCAGCCAGGGCCCCCUGGCAUGUGUGACCCAUCACUGUGUUUUAGUGCAAUUGUUGGAAGAGAUCCAUUUAGAAAAGGACCAAACUAUUAGUGUCUGAUGCCUCAUUCAGCAGCCUAGGCAUGGUGCUUUUCUUCUGUGGUCUUUUGCAUCUCAGGAAAAAACCACACAAACAAACACAGCAAUCCCUUGAAAAGAAACUAAUGUACCUCUACUUUUUUUAUUGUUUUUGUCCUGCAGGAAUAAUACAAUUGUUAAAAAUCACAUAAACUGAUUUUAAAGGCUCCUCAGUAAUUUGGGGACUUAUAUUUGUAGUGUUAAUUAAAUUUCAAGGAUUUCUUGUAAAGCCCAUUCAUUUUAAUCAGAGUUGAAUAUAAAAUUCCCACCAUUGUGUGUCAACCAAUCUCAGUUGUAGUCACUGUGAAACACUUCACUUUCAUUCUCCAUGCAGUAGAGAAUUGAGUUCAGCUUCUUGUCUGUGUGUAUUUUAUGUUUCACAUCUCAUAGCUCAUGCUCCUGCAAUAGCAAUGGCUUGCUGGCCACAGAAAACACAAUCAGGGCUGAUAUUCAGCUGGGAUAGAUGGUACAGUUGGCUCUCUUUAUCUGCAAGUUCUACUCCCCCAGAUUAAAUCAGCCCCAGAUAGAAAAUAUUCCAAAAAGUGUUGUUUCUGAACUGAAUGUGUAUAGACUAUUUUCUAUCAUUUUACAAUUAUUUAUCUAGCAUUUGUAUUCAUUAGGAAUUAUAAGCAUUCUAGAGAUGCCUUGAGUAUACAAGAGGACACGUGUGAUUUAUAUGCAAGUGUUGUACCAUUUUCUAUAAGGGAUUUCAGCAUCUGAGGAUUUUGGUAUGGGGUUGAGGGAGCGUCCUGGAACCACUUCCUCAUGGAUCACAGGGGAUGCGUUUAUUGCCAGACUAGUCAAUUGCUACAGUGUCUGUGCCUGUGGAUUAGGGUCAGUGGGCUUGUGGUAUGCUUUUAUUUUCCUUUUUCAUAUAGUACAUGUAUAUGUUCAUAUGUUAGUUUUCAUUGUAGUUGAUGCUAAUGGGAAUAGUGUUCUAUUUAGAAAAGCUAUCAACAUAAAUCCCUGUAUGUCCUGAUUUUUUUUUAAAUUUUGAAACAUUAUAAACAAUCUUGUGUACUGUACUUUGUGCUUUUGAAAGAAACAGAAUUUCAGAUGUUUAUCAUUGGCAUGCUCAAUUGUGUUACAUGCUUGUUUUUUUCAGAGUACAAUAAAGUUUUGUACA